AUGGCGGCAGCAGUUGAAAAGUUGCCAAUGUGCGAGACAAAGACACUUAUCGGCCCAGAGUACCUCCUGCGGUCCAUCGCGUACACAGACAACGAGACGUACGUGGCCCUACUCCACAGGUACCGCGACCCCUUCUGCUCGGUCCCUUGGAUAUCCUCGUCUUCGAAGGGCAGGGCCGGGCUGAGGGGACGAUCCUGGGUGCGCCUGAAGCUGCCUUUGGCCCUCUCAACUGCCCUUUCCCAAUCAUUUCGGUCAGCUGGAUACUCCCACCAUCAUCAAGUCCUCAGCCACGGAGCUGCAGAUGAAAUAAGCAGCCAGCUAAACACAACAUGCCCAGGCCUCAUCAAGAGGCGAUGGAGACCGCACACUGACUACACUAUCUACACUUCCUCAGAUGCAGCUGAAGGGGCCAAUGACGGAACUGAGUCGCUCAGCGGAUCAGUGGCCUGUUUGAAGCCUCUUAAGCUACCACAUGAAGAGGCCGGGGUCUUGAGAGUGCAGGUUCGACCUCCCAGCCCACCACACCCCGCAACUCGAAGGACGGAGCUUCUGCUCGGUGAGACCAAGCCCAAGGGAACUGUCUUCCAGCCUCCUCUUCUAUUCGCUGCACAGGUCAGUACUUCUUAG